AUGGCGGCCCUCGCUGCGGUCAGCUUCGCGUCCUUCGCGGGCCUUCGCGCCCUCCCCGCCUCCCACGGCGACACACACGGCGCUUCCACCGCCAUUAGCGUCACUUCGUCGCAGCGACCCGGCAGCGGCACGUGCGUCGUGCGGGCGGAUGCGCGGCGGCGGUUGGGGCGGCGCGCGGGGGAUGAGGAUGAGGGGACGGGGAUCGGCGCGCUGGUGCCCGUGAGUCCCGAGGACGAUGCCGUUCAGACCAGCGGCUCGGGCAGACGCGCCAGCGGCUACUACUCGUACCAGGGGCAGCGCGCGGCGGCGGAGCAGGCGGCGUUCGUGCGCGACAUGGAGGCGGCGGCGGCGGCGCAGCAGACGGAGCGGCAGGUGCUGAUGGACUCUGACGUGGCGGCCACGCAGCAGUCCACGUACCAGCGGAAGACCAAGAUCGUCUGCACCAUCGGCCCCACCAGCAACACGCGCGAGAUGCUGUGGAAGCUGGCGGAGACGGGCAUGAACGUGGUGCGGCUGAACAUGAGCCACGGCGACCACCAGUCGCACCGCCGCGUCGUGGACCUCGUGCGCGAGUACAACAAGGGGCAGGCCAGCCAGGGCGCCGGCAACGUGCUCGCCAUCAUGCUCGACACCAAGGGUCCCGAGGUGCGAAGCGGCGACCUGCCGCAGCCCAUAGAGCUGGAGCCCGGGGAGAGCUUCACGUUCACCAUCCGGCGGGGCGUGGGGUCGCACCGCACCGUCAGCGUCAACUACGAUGGCUUCAUUGAUGACGUGGACGUCGAUGACAUCAUCCUCGUCGAUGGCGGCAUGAUGUCGUUCCAGGUGAAGCGCACGCGCGCGGAGGACGUGGUGUGCGAGGUGCUGGACGGGGGCGACCUCAAGUCGCGCCGCCACCUCAACGUGCGCGGCAAGUCCGCCACUCUGCCCUCCAUCACAGGUCGCAUAUCCCCUUACCCCCAGUUCGCACCUCCCUUUCCCCCCAGAUCGCACCUCCCUUUUCCCCGAGGUCGCACCUCCCUUUCCCCCCAGGUCGCACCUCCCUUUUCCCCCAAGUCGCACCUCCCUUUUCCCCCAGGUAGUGCCUCCCUUUCCCCCCAGGUCGCACCUCCCUUUUCCCCCAGGUCGCGCCUCCCUUUUCCCCCAGGUCGCACCUCCCUUUUCCCCCAGGUCGCACCUCCCUUUUCCCCCAGGUCGCACCUCCCUUUUCCCGCAGAUCGCUCCUCCCUUUCCCCCCAGGUCACAUCUCCACUGACUCUCCUCCCCAGCGUACCUUCGCACUUCCUCCGGUCCCUUCCCCCAUUCCCGUACUUCUGCUUGAGGAGGAUGAGUGAUUGGUGCUUCUGCUUCAACCGCCAUUCCCUUCCCAUCCCUCUCCUCUCCCCUGCCUCCCCAUCUCUCCCUUGCCUCCCCAUCUCUCCCCUGCCUCCCCAUCUCUCCCCUGCCUCCCCAUCUCUCCCCUUGCCGAACCAACUCCCCCCUUGCCUCCCCAUCUCCCCCUUUGCCUCCCCAUCUUUCCCUCUGCCUCCCCAUCCCUCUCCAACAUUCCCUCUCACCCGUCUUCCUGCCUCCUCAUUUCCCUCUCCCCCCUCUUUCCCUCAUGUCCCCCCCUCCUUCCCCCCAUUUCCCCCCUCCAAACCCCUCAUUCCCAUCCCUCUUCCCCUCAUUUCUUCGUUUUCUACCCCAUUUCCCCAUUUUUUGUUUUCCCCUCUCCGCCCGACCGCCACCCGCGCCUGCAGCCUCGUGACCGACACGGAACCGCCAGCUGCGCGUUUGACGAGGUGCACGAGAUGCGCCCAUUCAUGCUCCAGCGCCUUUCCUCAUCCCUCCGAAACUCUUCCUCUCCGCCCUACGGUAGUGCUGGCAGAGCUGCGGAGCUUCUUUCCUUUCACCUUGCUGCCGCUCUCCUCUUUCCCUGCGUGCCAGGCUAAGUGUGCCGUGUAG